CAAACACGUUCAGAAUCUGAAGGCGACUUCUACAAUUUUAGUGUAUAGCAGUCAUUUGUUGUUUGUAAUGUGUAAUUUAGUGGUAAAUUAGCCAGACACUAUAUGAGCUGUAACAGUUAGAGUUACGAUGCUAUAAAAUAUGACUUUUUAGUCACACACACACACACGAUGUCCUCAAACCCGGUGUUCUUUGUUGAGCCCAUGAAAGACAUCAAAUAAUUGACUUUUGCUAAAAAUCUAGAGAAAUGUUGGGCACUUACAGAAGUUUUCUUCGUAUGCAGUAGCUAAAGGGGAAAGCAGCAAACUGAAAUGGCACAUAUUCCCUAUGAUAUGUGUGAAAUUCAGUUGAAUGGAGUUUCAGAAGCAAUGGAUCUGCUUCACAUAGAUGUGGAGCACGAUGUGGUGGAUGUCAAACCUGGAAGAGAUGUACCGUAUUCAAGGAAUGUACUGAGGAAGCAGCGACACUGGGAGAGGCAGCUCGCUGCAAAGAAGAGCAAGAGGAAAGAAGAGAAGCAGAGGAGGAAGCUCAACCGUGGGCAGGAGUCAGGGGCAAGUGCUGAUAGUCCUCAUCUUACUAAAAGGGUCAUCAAGGCGAUAACUAAAGAGCGUUUAGCUGAGGCCCAGUCCACAGGACUCAAACUCUGUGUUGACCUGAGUAUGACAGAUUGCAUGUCUGACAAGGAGGUAAGUCGGCUGGCUGGCCAGUUAAGAAGGCUGUACGGGUCGAACAAGAAGGCAGCUCGGCCGUUCCACCUGUUCUUGACAGACCUGAGAGAGAACAGUCAUUUCUACAGAGAGUGCAUACGAAUGAACGAUGGCUUCCUCAGCUACAUGAUGGACAUAACAGAGGAAAGCUGUCUGGACCUGUUUCCACCAGAAACUCUAGUUUAUCUCUCUCCAGAUGCUGAAGAAGGUUUGAAUGAUUUGAGUUAAUUGUACUUAUCACUUUGUGUCCUCGGUGGUCUUGUGGAUGAAAGCAUCCAGAAGAAGCUGAGCUUCUCACGGGCCAGAGAACUGAGCGUCCACAUGGCGAGGCUGCCCAUAGACGAGUACAUGGUGAAGAAAAACAAUGCCAAGAAUUUCCAUUCCAAGGUCCUGGCAAUUAAUCAAGUGUUUGAUAUCUUGUUGGCUUUCCGUGACACUGGCAGCUGGACCAAAGCCCUGCAGACAUGGUUCCCACAGGGAAAGGGUUACACUGUUGUACCAGAUGAUUCCUCACCACUUACUGUAACACAGACUUUGGAUUGAUGGCAUUAUUUUUAUUGGGGCUUAAAAUAGGAGCUCAUGUAACAGGACAAUAAGAGAACAAAACUGUGCCUGAGGUACAACUGUAUGCAAUUCAGUGCAACACUUCCACCUUCACAUCUGUUUUUAUGAAGCUCAAAAUGUUUCAG